CGUCACGGGAAACGGACGACGUUUGUGCUGAGAGAGAACGCGAUCGCAAUUAAUUUCGAAUCACGAACCGCGAGUGAGUUCCGCAAUUUUGGAAAAAUCAAAGAACAUCGCUACCCAUUGUGGGUAGUUUAGGAUAAUUGAUGAGGAAUUCAAAUAGGUAGGGAUCGUGCAAUGCGCGAAGGGCGGGAUGUUCGCGCUGGGCGUCUUUUUUCUGACAGUGUUGGACUUCUGUGUACCAUUCUACCAUCACCAGUUCGCUGUGCAUGUGCCGGGCGGGCGACAGCUCGCAGACGAGCUGGCUCACCGGCAUGGCUUCAUAAACCACGGACAGAUCGGCAACCUGAGACAUUUCUUCCUGCUGUCCCACCCGCACGUUAGCAAAAGAUCACCGAAUGCCAGUGUAGACUACGUGACGCGACUCAAAAACGACCCCCAGGCGAGAUGGGUUAUGCAGCAGAAGGAGUUAAGAAGAACUAAAAGGGACCACCGGUGGAAGCCGCGGCAUGUUAUGAGGCAGUCCAGCACUCCUUCAUUCCCAGACCCACUGUUCAAAGAGCAGUGGUAUUUGAACGGAGGAGCAGCAGAUGGCCUAGAUAUGAACGUGGGGUAUGCUUGGAGAAAAGGCUAUACAGGGAAAGGUGUCGUCAUAACCAUCCUAGAUGACGGCAUCCAGCCAAACCAUCCCGACUUGGCGCAAAACUACGACCCGGCAGCGUCGACAGACAUUAACGGGAACGACACCGACCCGACGCCGCAGGACAAUGGCGACAAUAAACAUGGCACCCGGUGCGCCGGCGAGGUCGCCGCGGUCGCUUACAAUAGAUUCUGCGGCGUCGGCAUCGCGUACAAUGCUAGCAUCGGGGGCGUCAGGAUGUUAGACGGCCUAGUUAAUGACGCAGUGGAGGCGCAAGCUCUCAGCUUCAACACCCACCACAUAGAUAUCUACAGCGCCUCCUGGGGCCCUGAGGAUGACGGCAAAACUGUCGACGGCCCAGGCCCUCUAGCUAGAAGGGCCUUUAUUAACGGAGUCACUAACGGCAGGGGUGGAAAAGGCUCUAUUUUUAUAUGGGCUUCCGGAAACGGUGGGAGACACACUGACUCUUGUAAUUGCGACGGGUAUGCGAAUAGCAUAUUUACGAUUUCGGUAUCAAGUGCCACGCAAGGGGGUUAUAAACCUUGGUAUUUGGAAGAAUGCUCGUCAACUUUAGCCUCAACUUACAGUUCUGGAACACCAGGGCGCGAUAAAAGCGUAGCUACAGUAGAUAUGGAUGUUCAAUUACGGCCAGACCACAUAUGUACCGUCGAUCAUACAGGAACGUCCGCUUCGGCUCCAUUGGCAGCUGGAAUAUGUGCAUUAGCUUUAGAAGCAAAUUCUUUACUAACUUGGAGAGAUAUGCAACAUCUAAUUGUCAUAACAUCUAGGUCACAACCAUUAGAUAAAGAAGAGGGUUGGAUUGUAAACGGCGUAAAAAGAAAAGUCAGUCAUAAGUUUGGCUACGGACUAAUGGACGCAGCUCAAAUGGUCACAUUAGCAGAACAAUGGGCCACCGUUCCGCCGCAACACAUUUGUAAAUCGCAAGAAAUAAACGAAGACAAGUCUAUCGAGACGUCUUUCGGCUACACGAUAUCAGUGCACAUGGACGUAAAUGGGUGCAGCGGUACAAUGAACGAGGUAAGAUUUUUGGAACACGUUCAAUGUAAAAUUUCACUAAGCUUUUUCCCCAGAGGUAAUUUACGGAUUCUGCUUACGUCGCCGAUGGGGACUACGUCCACCCUUUUAUUUGAAAGAACACAUGACGCAACUAGUUCCAACUUCGAUGACUGGCCUUUUUUAAGCGUACAUUUUUGGGGUGAGAACGCCGAAGGUCGAUGGACGCUUCAAAUAAUAAACGCUGGAAAUAAUCACGUUACCCAGCCAGGAUUACUAAAAAAAUGGCAGUUGAUCUUUUACGGUACGGCAACGAAUCCUAUACGGUUGCGAAAUAAGGGUUACUAUAAUUCAAAUAAUGUGUACCAAGAGGAAAAAACGUAUCAUAUAAACGAUGUUUAUGACGCAUCCGAAUACUCGCAAUUUCUCAAUGAGAUCGAGCUUGGAAUUUCCGAUAGACGUAGUUAUCCCAAGAACAUUCCUUCGGCACAGAGGAAAAAUGUCUUAGCGGACGCCAAUGAUAAGCAGGUACAAAGAUUAUGUGAUCCGGAAUGUGAUUCACAGGGAUGUUAUGGCAAAGGUCCAACACAAUGUGUCGCAUGUAAACAUUAUCGUUUAGAUAACUCUUGUGUCUCAAGAUGUCCACCGAGGAGUUUUGUAAAUCAAGGCGGUGUGUGUUGGCCUUGUCACGAAUCAUGUGAAACUUGUGCAGGAGCAGGUCAAGAUUCAUGUCUGACUUGUGCCCCAGCUCAUUUGCUAGUUAUCGAUUUAGCGGUUUGUCUUCAACAAUGCCCUGAUGGUUAUUAUGAAGAUUCUGACGCAAGUGCGUGUUUUCCAUGUGCAGAACAUUGUUACACGUGCUCAGAAAAAGCAGAUAUGUGCUCAUCUUGCGUACACAAUUAUGUUCUCUAUAAUGGCUCAUGUUUAGCGGCUUGCCCUCCUGGAACAUAUCAGAAAGAUGAUUUCAGUUGCACUCCUUGUCAUGAAUCAUGUGAAUCAUGUCAUGGACCUACUGAAACAGAAUGUGUAUCCUGUCGACUCGGCGACUAUGCUUUAAAAAAUCGUUGUGUUUCAAAAUGCCCCGUCAAUUAUUACGCUGACACGCAACGGAGGGAAUGCUUGCCGUGUGCUAUCGGUUGUACGGUUUGCGCGUAUGGCAUCUGCUCCGUUUGCAAAGAUAAAUGGAUGAUAAGUAAAGGAGGAAAUUGUCUUCCGGAUGGCAAUGACAAAUGCGACACUAACGAAUAUCACGAAGGUGGUCGGUGUAAACACUGUCACUCUACUUGCGAGAAAUGUAGUGGACCAAACGAGUGGGACUGUUUGUCUUGUUCGACCCCAUUGUUAUUACAGGGAUCGAGGUGCGUUGCGGAAUGCGGUCAAGGGUUUUACCAAACGGCCGGCCAUUGUACUAAAUGCCCUCACACGUGUGUCGCUUGUGUUUCAAGACUGAACUGUACAUUGUGUGCCGGUGCCUUAAGACUUCAGUCUGGAACAUGUCGAGCGACAUGCGCUUCUGGGUAUUACCCAGACGAGGGUACUUGUUCUAAGUGUUACUUGUCAUGUGAGACGUGCACUGGCCCGCGAAGAGAUCAGUGUGCGUCGUGUCCGCCGGAUUGGCGAUUGGCAGCAGGGGAAUGUAGGCCGGAGUGUCCCCAGAACUUCUUUCCCUGGCAGGACAGUUGCCGUCGGUGUCACCAUUACUGCCAGGAUUGUCACGGCGCUGGGCCGCAGCGGUGUACUUCCUGCCCGCCGCACUUUUCUCUGGAAGGUGGCUUAUGCGUGGAGUGCCUUAGUUCCCAGUACUAUGAGCCAAGAACGCGAACUUGUAGACCGUGUCACGACUCAUGCAGGUCUUGCUCUGGCCCUGGACCAACAAGUUGUGUCACUUGUGCACAUCCACUCCGCUUAGAUAGGGUAAACCACAAAUGUUUGCCGUGCUGUACUGAGAGUAUGCUCUCGUUCUAUCUGAGUACAAACCAAACUACAGACUGUUGUCAUUGUGACAAAGAUAUUGGUGGCUGUCUCAACGGGUCUUCGGCUGGCAAAAGGCGGAUUGCCGAGAACGUACGUUCACACGUGACGGCGUCAUACUUCGUCGAUGAUGAAAAUGCGUCAGCUAACAUUCUGGAUCGCAACUUGCUCGUCGCUUGGAGCGUCGGUGCAACACUGCUUGUAGUCGUCGGGCUGAUUGUUAUCAUAAAGUUAAAAACAAGAAGAAGCAAACAGAAUUCGCCUUACCCCAAAACAGAAUAUUCGCAGCUGGCGACUGUCGACGAAGACUUAGUAGCACUAACCACUUCCACGACAGCUCUGAAGGCUAGCGAGGUAAACUCGCAAGCAACCCAACUUGAAGAACCAACAUAGCAAUUCGAACCUAAUGUCAAUGGUAGUAGAGUAACGUUUACACUGCAGACUGAUAUAUGGAUGUUUCAAUAUAACGUGUACAUAAUUAUAUUCGGUAUACCCGUUCGGAUUUGGGUUAUUUUGUCAGACGAUACGAGAUCGAAGUUUUAAUGAUGAGGAAAUGAGAUCCCCGAAUAUAUUAAAGUAUAAUAAUUAUAAAAGGUAUUAUCGGAUUCUGUUUUGUAAGGGAUGGAAAAUUUGAAAGAAUUUAUACAUUUUGAAUAGAAUUAUUUUAAAACGGACGCAUGUUUAAUUUCAGCGUCAAAGUUAAAAAAAAUGAUUUAAAUUGUUAACUAUUAUCUCAGUUGAUUUACUCGUUAUGUUCAUACUAGGAAAUAACAUUUCCAGAAUGAUAUUUGAAUUUAAACAUUUUUAGAUCGCACAAAAUUUGUUUUGGUUUGUGUGCGUUUGUAUGAAUUUCAAAGAGAAGACUCGAUAUUUUCUACUAGUGAUAACAACAUGAUUAAAAUUUAUCUUAGGUAGAUUUAUUAUUCUACUUAGCUGUCGGAUGCCGUUAAGUACUAUUCUUUAUACUAAAAUGACGAUGAAAAAUGUCUUACAGAAUAUAAUAAAUAAUUUAUGUUAAAAAGUUAUUCUAUAAAGAGUUUGUUCAACUGCUUAGUUGUGAUGUAUAUGUUAAAUGUUAUUUUAUAAACGAGUUUAGCGUGCUUGUAAAUCAUUAUUGCAAUACGGGACCUAAGAAAUAGUAUUUUUGAAUUAAUUAUUAUAAAAGGUGAAAAUCCUCUUUGGUGGAAAAAAUAACAAAAAGGUUUUAAUGAGUCCCUAUAGUAGUAGGGAGAAAAACUGUUCUCGUUUUGAGAUUUUUUUAGUAAUGCUCUCUUUUAUUCUUAUUGCUAAUAAUUUAUCUUAUAUAUUUUAGCCUUUCUUUCUACCUACGGUACUUCUUUAAAGGAAAGACGAUUUCUGGAGAGCUUAUCUUUAUUAGCUUUACUAAAUAUUUUUUUUUUAUUUUUUUUAACGUAGCAGACCUGUUUCAAUACUUAUACAUAAGAGAUUUUUCACCAUUUGUAUUAAGAUCAAUUAAUUAACCAUGAAAAUUUUGCAAUCAUAAACUUUAUAUUAAACUUACAUAUCUAUAUAAUAACUUCGUUUGUUGUUUGAAUUUGUUAUGUUAUUGUACUAAUUUUGGUACAUCAACUCGUGUAUAUACCAUUAUUCAAUUAUUGUAAACUUGAGAUUGGACAUGUAUAUAUGUAAAUAUUGAGAAAAUGUAAAUAUACUUAUCGAUGGUUUUUAUGACGGGUA